UAAUAGACCACUGGUGCUCUCUGCAGCAUUUCUUUGACUAUUGACAAACCAAAACAACCAAACAUCCUAGACGCUUUCUUCUCUUUUCACUUUGGUUUUUGCUUUCAUAAAUAAACUACUUCUUACUUAGUUGAUGAACGAUUUUUGAAGAAGAAGAAGAAGAAGAUGUCAAGUAAGAAGAAGGUGUUGUCUGUUGAAGAUGUGAUUAAAUCCGUUGGAUUAGGUUACGAUCUCACCAACGAUCUAAGACUCAAAUUCUGCAAAUAUGAUUCCAAAUUGAUUGCUAUUGACCACGACAACCUUCGUACUGUUGAGCUUCCUGGCCGUGUUUCGAUUCCCAAUGUUCCCAAAUCUAUCAAUUGUGAUAAAGGCGACCGUAUGAGAUUGUGUUCUGAUGUUCUUUCUUUUCAGCAGAUGUCGGAGCAGUUCAACCAGGAGGUGUCACUGUCUGGUAAGAUUCCGACGGGACAUUUCAAUUCUGCGUUUCAGUUUUCAGGAGUUUGGCAAAGAGAUGCUGCAAAUACCAAGAGCCUUGCUUUUGACGGUGUCUCAAUCACACUCUACAACAUAGCACUUGAUAAAACGCACGUAGUUCUCAGUGAUCAUGUCAAACGAGCUGUUCCUUCGUCUUGGGAUCCCGCUGCACUGGCAAGGUUCAUUGAGAAAUAUGGAACCCAUGCUGUAGUUGGGGUGAAAAUAGGGGGAACCGAUAUAAUUUAUGCAAAGCAGCAAUAUUCAUCUCCUCUCCAACCUUCUGAUGUACAGAAAAAAUUGAAGGACAUGGCAGACGAACUAUUCAGGGGCCAGGCUGGACAAAAUAACGCUAACGAUGGGACAUUUAAUUCGAAAGAAAAGUUUAUGAGGGACAAUGGACUAGGAUUCCUGGACAUUCAAGCUCAAUCCUACCGUGAAACAGAGGUGCAGGAUAUAAAGUUUAUGUGCAAGAGGAAAGGUGGAAAUGGGAAACAAAAUCUCAGCCACAAUGAGUGGUGCCAAACUGUUUUGUCUCAACCUGAUGUAAUAUCAAUGUCAUUCAUACCAAUUACAUCUCUACUUGGUGGAAUAAAUGGGAGUGGAUAUUUAACUCAUGCCAUAAAUCUCUAUUUACGAUAUAAACCAGCAAUUGAAGAGCUGCAUCAAUUUUUGGAGUUUCAGCUUCCAAGGCAAUGGGCCCCUGUAUUUGGUGAGCUUGCCCUUGGUCCUGAUAGGAAGAAGUCGCAGAGUUCUUCAUCUUUACAGUUCAGUUUCAUGGGUCCUAAGCUCUAUGUAAACACAUCACCGGUCGUUGUAGGAAUGAAGCCUGUAACAGGCCUUCGGUUGUAUUUGGAAGGAAAGAAAAGUAAUUGUUUGGCGAUCCAUUUACAGCACCUCUCCUCCCUCCCUAAGACAUUCCAACUGAAGGACGAGACUAAUCGAAAUGUAUCAGAUGCCUCUUCAGAACGUAAAUAUUAUGAAAAGGUCCAGUGGAAGAGUUUCUCUCAUAUUUGCACGGCUCCUGUUGAAUCCUACGAUGACAAUGCUGUUGUGACUGGUGCUCACUUUGAAGUGGGAGAAACUGGUCUGAAGAAAGUUCUCUUCUUAAGACUUCAUUUCUGUAAAGUUGCCGAUGCAACCCGUGUGAGAGCGCCUGAAUGGGAUGGUUCUCCUGGCUUGACCCAAAAAUCUGGAAUGAUCUCAACUUUUAUCAGCACUCGGUUUUCAGGUCCACAAAAGCUUCCGCCACCACAACCAUCGGACGUAAAUGUGAACUCUGCUUUAUACCCUGGAGGACCUCCUGUGCCUGCGCAGGCACCUAAACUUCUGAAGUUUGUUGACACAACAGAAAUGACUAGAGGACCACAAGAUUUGCCUGGCUACUGGGUUGUGUCAGGGGCAAGACUUUAUGUGGAGAAGGGUAAAAUAUCACUUAAAGUAAAAUAUUCUCUUUUAACCGUGAUUUUACAGGAUGAAGAGACGGAAAGUUAAUUGAAAAUAUAAAAUGUGGCGAAGGUGGAAGAAUGAAGAUGAAUAUCUUCGGAUCAAGUAGUUCAACGGGACGUGCAUGUGUACAUAAUAGUGUCUGAUUCUUUUCUGUUGUACAUUUGCUCUAUUCAUUAUAGGUUACUAUUUGAUGUUGUCAUUAUUAUUUGUGUAUACCUACACAACAUAUCUUUUGGGAGAAUUCAUUGAUGUAGUUUUGAGAAAAGCUUGUGUGAUCAAUCAUGAUGCCCCUUGGUCUUUGUGUCUGUAUGUUUAUGAAUGCAUUUUUUUUU